AUGGAUAGCAGAUGCAUUUUAAUAAAAGACUUCCAGGAGAAACAGCGCCAAUGGUUUGCCAAACUUUAUGUAAUAGAAGUGACAAGAAUCUUUGACCCGACUCCAAGAACAAAGGCAUACCGACGGCUCUUAUUUGCAGAUGAUCAGAAUGACACGAUUCAAGGCAUCAUCUAUCAACAAGACCUGGCUUUCAUUGGCGAAAUAUUCAAGCUCCAGACAUCAUACUACGUUGGUGGUGCAUAUAUCAGCAAAAUUCAAGAUUCCCGCCACCAAAUGGGUACAACACCUCUUCAGCUAACCUUUGACAAAAGGUCCUUCAUACAACCAGCUGCAAGUCCUUUACCAAUGUCAUUACCAACGUAUUUUCCACUCACUUCAUUCUGGGACCUGGACCAAUAUCAAGGCAAAGAUGACCAAAGACUCAACAUCAUGUGCAUUGUCAUUCAAGCAUUACCUCAAAGACUGAUUGCUGGAGCCAAGCCAUCAAUUAUCCAAGAAUUCAUUGUUGUCAAUGAAGAACAGCGUCCACUUAUCCUCACACUCUGGGAACCUUUUGUUGACAAUGAAGGAGCUCAGCUUCUUCAAAUUGCACAUACCUACCCAAUUGUUGUGAUUCUCAGGCCUAUAGUAACCACCUUUUAUGGCAUCUCUCUCAGGACCAAAGGAAGUACAAAUAUACUCCUUGAUCCCCCAUUUCCACAGAUCAGCACCUUGGCAGAAUGGAUUGAAGAAAACAAGAACUACAUUGACAAGAUAAAAGCACAAAAACUGUACGAAAAGGCAAACCAAAAGAUCAAGCCACCACCUGAAAAAGAUAUUCGACAGAUCUCACAAAUUCUUGGUGCAUACAUUCUGCCAAAAGAUUUCUGGAUAAAAGGAACAAUUCAGAUUACGAAUUCUUGCCAACACUUCUAUAUUGCUAGCUGUGCCGACUGUGGUUGUACCACCAAUGCACCUAUGGACUUUGAAUUCUCAUGUCACAAUUGUAACAAGAGUCAAACAAAACCUAUCCCCAAGGCCAGACUAUUUGUCCAAAUAUCUGAUGAUUCAGCUCAUUUGGAUGCAUUUGUUCAAGACAGUUAUGCUGAGAACAUAAUUGGGCUCACAGCAACAUAA